ACUAUCCUUUAAUAAUGUCACGCAGAAAUCCAUUCUCCACUGAUGGUACGAACCACAUGAAAUACUGUGACAUUUGUUUUACCGUUUCCGAAAUCCCAAAGGCAAGGUUUGAAUUAUUAAAACACAAGUAACAUUUAAAGUGGUUUGAGCAAAAUUAAGUUUAUAUCUGACACAGAUUUCAACUAAUCCUAGUAAUUUAAUAAAUAAUUUAAUUUUUGUUAAUUAUUGCCGAGCUAUUAAGAACCCUUGCCCCCCUGGGUACGCCCUUGGAAUGCACAGAACAUUACUCAAAGAAUGCAAUUUUGAAUAUGCGCAUGCGCAGUGUGGCAACAUUUUGCGUGCGACUAUUCCGUGUAAAAUGGCGGCCGGAGACGAGGAUAACAAACUGGAAUAUAGUUCAAAAACUAACAAAAUCGAGCAAAAAAGCUUUUUGAGUGUAUAUAAGGUGAAAAACAUAAUUUUGGCGCUUCAUUUAUUUUAGCAGAUUUACUUUACGCAUGUUUUUUGUGAUAAACAGUGUUUAGUUUCGCAUGGCGGCCAUGUUACGUCGCUGCUAGGGAAAUUUGGCAAAAUGUGUGACUGUAUGUAAAUACCUAGAAACAAGAGAGUGCAAUUGGCCGUGUAUCCCUAUAGACGAGUUUUGUUAAAAGUGAAUCCUAGAAAUGCCUUCAUAGAAGUGUCUGAAAAACCUGAGCUUAUUACCUUUCUACAGAUAGAAAGUACAAACCAAGAUGAAUUUAGAAGAGCAAGCACAUUUUGCACCAUUCAAAAAGUAUGAAACUAUAUUAAAUAACAAAAGCGAGUCUCUUGAAAAUAAGAUACAAUCACUAAUAGAUGUUUGGAAUAGCAUUGGGGGAUUAGAUCUCCCUGAAUUUGGCAUCCAACAUGUUAUCCAGAUUAUGGAUUGGGCCAAACUACAUGCCCUCAAUAUAGUAUUGACUGCUGAAUGGAACAAAUUCAAAGAUAAAUAUCAAGAGAAACUGUUAGAUGAAAUAGAAAAAGCUCAAAAUGAGCUUUUAAAGCUGAGCAGUAUUUUUGGAAUGUCAUGUAAGAAAUUGGCUGAUGUUGUGAGAAAGCCCUGGGAAGAUCCCACCUUAAUGCGGCUAAUGAAAGAGAAAUAUGUAGAAAUAGGCUCUGAAGAAAUCGAGUUCUUCUGCAUAGAAACAGCGUACUUAGUGUCAGUAAGGCUGAAGAAAUUAUGUGAAUCACAUUGUGAAGAUCUAGCUUUGAACCUUGUGACUGCAUUCAUAAAAUGCUACAAAUUAUCUAAAAGCCGAAAUUUCAACAUGAAUGUUCCAGAUACCCAGUGGUGGUUCAUUUUUGAUACAUACAUAGCGCUUCUGUAUAAAUAUCGAGAUACAGGCAAGAUAGACAACGUGAUAAGAGGUAUCACCUCUGAAGAGUGUUACCAGCUAGUAAAAAGAUUCGUGAAGAAACGCGUGAAGAUAUCAAAAAUCUGGAAAAAUUGUCAAAAGAUCGCAAAUUAUGUAGCUCAGUCAUUCAUUUCCAUCACAGUCUUGAAGUAUACGAGUGAACUCAAGCCAACAUUAGAGAAAUUUAUUGAGCUGUACAUAUCUAUGUCUAAUGAUAAUCUUGAUAACCUAGAAGAAACAUCAAAGGGUUUAAGGCGGUGCAGUCAUGUGGCAGAUGCAGCUGGUCUUCAUGUUUUUUGUGAGGUUAUUCAACGAAUGGCGGGGCAAAAAUUAAAACCCUUUACGAUAGAAAUGUACAUCAGGGCUCUGACUGCUGAUAUGAACGAGCUAGAAAAACAGAAAGAUGCCAAGGAUAUGGAGAAUGUGGAUAUGAUUACCCAACGUUUGGCAAAUGCUUUCGUAAGUCUGGCCGAGUUUUUGGAUGAACAUGUCAAUGUUGCUCGGGAAUGUGUACUAACUGCCUUCAGCUUGUCACCAACGACAGAGAGAUUAGAAAAGAUCAAGGAAUUGGCCAAACGAAGUGGGUUCAAGGUUACCACAGCUGAGGAAGAUUGGAAAUGCCGUUUGCACCCACCCGCUCUACCAACUGACGAAAUAACCUGGAUAUGUUCAGAAUGCGGAGAUUGGAUGUGUAAACCUAGCGUAGAAUUGCCAAAGAUCAACAUGACCCUGCACGAAGCACUCCAGAAUUCCGUUUUAGGAAUAUCUGAGCCGUUAUGCGACGAUCUGGUGGUGUGUCUAUCGAACCCGAGGUAUCAAGUACUCAGUUGGUACCUGCCUUGGGACGACCUCCAUAGAAUUUGCAAAAUGUACUUGCAUGACCCACAGAAUGCUAAGAAUUUAGUCACUGAGCUGAAAUUUGUUGACAUAGAUUACUCUAUGUUUAAAAAUAUCAAGACAGAACCACUGGAUGAGCUUGCUGGUAUUGAGAGAGGAUACGAGCAGUAUUUAGAUCAGAAUUUUGUUUCUGAUGAAGAAUCGCCGUCAAAUAGCGAAGAUUCGAUGUCACAGGACUCACGACCGUACAGUCUUGGAAGUGACGGUGCCGGAGACUUCUUUUUACCGUUACUGAAUACACUACCGAAAAAAUCCGAUCCCGCGACCCUCAAAAACCUGAGAGAAUUUAGACCGGCAUUAAAAAGGCACAAGGAUAAGGAUUCGAACGAAGGCACGCCUGAAAAACAGUUCAAGCCUUCUUCUAGCGAACCUCAGCCUUCGACUUCGACAGCCACAGAUGAGUCAAAAAACGUAAAACUUGCCACAUUGCCCCAACUUCGUGGGCAAGUGGCAAAGGAAAUGAAAGUAAUGAAAAUAACGUUAAAGGAUAUAUUAAAAAAAUUACAUCAGAAAACAGAACAAGAAUCCAUGGAGCAACCACCUCUCAAGGAGAUAGUAUCUGUAAAACCAACAGAACAGACAUUGAACAGAGAAACACAAAACAGGCCCUCGUUCAGUUCAUCCAGAAAAAAUCUGGAUAUCAGCAGCUCUCAGAAGAAAGUUCUCAUAAGAAUACCCAAGGAAAGACUAAAAAUGUCUCAGGUCAUUGCUCAAUACCCGCCACGAAGUCAACCAAUAACCAUUACGCGGAAGCAUACGCCUCUGAUACUAAAAUCAGCAAAGUCAACUCAUCAAAUCAAGGUAGUACCUCCCAGCUCCCAGAAAGAAACCAGUACUCCGCUCUCAUUGGAACAGAAAUUACUGCUGCGCUCUCGGCAAACGCAACCAGUGCUGGAAAACCCAAUCAAAGAGGUGGCACCAGUGGAUUCGCAAGUAGGAGCUAUCCCUCCGCUGCUUCAGUCCGCACCACGUCCAAGCACACUGUCUCCCAAGAUUCAAGACUCACAUCCAAUAACUUCAGUGGAAACUCAGUCUCAAACGCCAGCUAUCGGCCAGCAGUUGGUACGCAACACGAUACCACAAAGUUUGAUAAGCCCACAACCAAUCAGCAAGACUCUGCAAGUUCACGACACCCAACCCAACACCUCAAAAGGACCGAGUACACCACAGCCUGUAAGGAACGACAAAAUUACGGAUCCUCAGCCCAGCACCUCAAGGAAACCACGAUUCCUACGAGUGAAAAAACCUGUGUGGCUCAGUACAGAGAAGAUGAGAAGCACGCAUGGUGUAGUUUCUAUUCAAAGCAGCCCAUCUCGAAUGACAGGAAAGAAUUCUCAAGAGCCGGUACCACCAACACCACAAGUCAGUACGGCGCAGCCAGCGGAAGUACCUCAACCUCGGGGAACCAGCUCAGAAUUAAUAAUCGCAAAAAGUCAAGCGGUUUUACCCCAGACCAGCAAAGCAUCAACAGCAGUGACACCUUCCAAACAGCGAGCCAACAUUCUGCAACCCAAGGUGAUUACCUUGGCUCAGCAUCAGCCAUGCCUAUUUCAGGAAACCAGUUUACUAUCAACAUCCCCAGAACUCCAGGCAGAAGUACCUGCGGCCAGCCUAGUAAAAACUACGGCCAAGGAGGUCAGUCUGCCUCAGCCAAGGGAACAUCAGGGAUCCAGUUCCAAAUCAGUUCUGAGAAGCAAAGCGGAAGUAUCUCCAAUUCCAGUCAACGUGGUCACUCUUCCUAUACCAGUGGUACCUCCGGAGAAUACUCCUCGAGUAAAGACGCUCUCUAUCCUUCAGAUAGUGCCGCCUCGAACAACAAACGCACAGGCAGUACCCCAGCCACCAUCUGUCAGUCCGCAAUCAACAACAAGACUUACUUCACCACCAGUAGUACAAAAAAUGACUGUCAAACGUCAAAUUUUGGAUAUGCCACAACAAAUAGCUUAUGUGACUCAGCAAGAAGUCAGUCAUGUAGUGGCCAGGGAUAUGACACAAGAGGAAUUAACAUCUGCCAAGCCUCAGGAAGUCAGUCUAACGUUGAAGGAUAUGGCUCAACAGGACCUCCAGUCUACGUCUCAGAAUAUUCGAGAACCCAGUCCUUCAAACAGUCAGACUCUAACAGAAGCUGGGACGAGGGGGAUGGACCGACUUAUUCAGGCAGCUCGAAAUUUCGAUGCUCGCCAAAAGGAGAAGCACAAUAUAACUGUUCAGAAGCAGCGAAUCCAAGCAGGCAACCUCCAGGACACACAACUCAUACCACAGGCCUCGCCAGAAAUGAAGUGCACGCUACAGGAAGUCGGCCAGGGUCAACCAUCUUCAUCAACUCAGGCAGCAUCGUUACAAAAGGACAUCCCAAUCGUGUCUCCCAUGAAGACACAUCAGAUAUUAACAGAAAUCUAUCCUUGGACGCUAGAAGGGAGCAGACUGAGCACACCAUCCCCAGAAUCUGCUCAGUUAGUGCAACAGACAACAACAGAGGUUCACAAUCCUUCGACGUUGCAGGAGGACAGCCCGGUUCAACAAAUAGAGACCAGUCCACCUCAGUUGCCACUAGAGGACUUGAUGGAUCAACUGUCUUCUUUACAAGAAACCGAUCCAACAUCACCAGAUAUCAAUCCGCCUCGAUCACUGCCAGAGGAACUAUUUCAGAUCGAAAACCUGGAUCACUUAGUCAGUCAUAUAACUCAAGAAACCAACAGCAUGCCGACUACACCUCCACAGGAGUCGCACGAACUUCCAGUAGAGAUGAAUCUUCGUCUCCAACAAGAAAUCAGUCCUUCUCCUACCCUGUUAGGCAGUUCAUCUCUGCAUGCGAUGGAAAAGGAUCAUCUGCCUCCACAACCCAUCUGCCACCAAGUCAGUCCUUCUCCAUCAGAACCUACAGUCAUAGAUCCUCAAAAACUCCGUCGACUACAGGUUGUGAUAUCUCCAGGUACACGUUUCAGGGCCGAUCGGUCCCUCCAAAGACGCCAGUGUCGGCGGGGUACAGCUAUUCGAUUGCCGUGUCAGACCACCAAAGAAAAAGGUCGGAAGACUCGUCGUCGGAGAACGGUUUCUCAUGGUCAAGCAAGAGGUAUGCAGAAACCACGCAGCAUUCCUCGCUGGAAAAGCUUGCCCAGAACACAGUUCACAGAGUCCAGGUCUCCAAUCAGACAGACUUCUCCAAUCAGACAGACGUCUCCAGUCAGAAUAUCCAAACAGACGUCUCCAGUCAGAAUAUCCAAACAGACGUCUCCAGUCAGAAUAUCCAAACAGACGUCUCCAGACAGAAUAUCCAAAAAUCUGCCCGAGAAGACGUACGAGGCAGUCCUGUUUCUGAGGGACAAGCCAAGGUCCCACAGCUACCCAUCAACACUCUCCACUAUUUACCAGAGCAAGGACAUCUGUACUACCUCUCCGAGGACGUACAAGUCAAGUCUGUCAUUGCUGAAGUCGAUUCGAAAAGCGGAGUGGCCCCAAACAGCGCCGAGGUGCGUCAGCGUCCCGUUGAGGUCGGGGACGGAAAUCAGUACCUCGGAGGACGAGGAGGAGGUGUCGGUACGACCUCAAUCAUGCUCCAUAGGAUUCAAGCAGCCAAUAAAAGACUCAAGCAUGUCCGACGCGUCACGGAUAUUACAAAAUUUCUUUUGUCGUCGUCGACAACCUUCUCAGGGUGCUCAUCCAGUGCGAGACCCUACUCACUCGAAGAGCUCUCAGAAAUCUUCAGUGCUGAGGAUCACCAUGCCGAAGUGGAAGAUGCCAUUCUUAGUGGACGACGAACAAGAUCUGAAGGACCUGGUGAAUUGCCCGCGGUCCCCCCCGACUGUGGCGAUGAUAUCGGGUCAAGUAUGCAUCUUCAAUCACAAUCGCAUAAGGGAGGGGUUAGGCAUGCCAUCAAUUUGUUACCAAACAACUGUGGAGCGGGAGAAAAAAAUUCUGGAGAUGUGGACGAGCAGUUCUGAAGAUGAGGAGGAACUGCAAGUCGAAAAAGAUUUGGAGGACACUUGGAGGCAUCAGAGUGACUUCCUAGGGUAUCCGGAGACCUGGAGCCUCUGGAUGGAUAGGCCACUUCCGCGGGCGAUGGAACCUAAGGAGCUACCAAGCACAUCUAACAGGCGCAAGAAAGCUUCACGGAGGACGGUUGAAAGGCGAUCACCUACUGAAUCGUGUUGGAAGCCCUUCGCUAACUUUAAAGACAAAGAUGAAGUCAUCGAUCUCACUGGAGAUGACACUGAUGAGGACCCAGAUCAUAUAAAAAGAAUAACCAUGAGGAAAGCUAGAAGGAUCAUUCGCAGAGAGAAAGCUGAAACUGCAAUAGUCAAAGAGAUGAAACGCGUCAGCGACAUCGCUAUUGAAAAAAUGCGAAAUCCCAAAUCAGGAGAGCGUGAUCCCGCCUUAGUGGAUCUAGAUCUAUUUAUUGAUUUCCUGAAAAAUCGUGGACGCAAACCGCUUUCGUACACCAGACUUAGCAACUCGCACAGGUUCUUCCCAAUAAUACAUGAAUAUUUCGAUUCAGUGAACAGGCGUAAUGCCAAUAUAACAAAGGAGAUUAAAGUUGUGCUGGAACGAUAUACCUUGGAGCAGCUUCGUGAGAUGUCUUCGAAAAAAAAAACAGGUAAGCCUAAACGUAGGAAAUCUACCAAAGAUGCAUAUAAUUUAGACCGAAAGCCUUUACAAUUGAAGAAAAGAAGCAAGUCUUGCGAUGCAAAACUUAGCUUUCCGUCUAAAAAGGAAACUAAGCGUUCCCGUAAACACAAAAUAAAUAAAACAAAAAACGACAGCGAUCUAGAAAAUAGUGAUAGACAUAAGAAUCAGAAAGAGCUGUCUGAAAUCAAAAACAGACAGCCACGUGUAUUGUUAGAAAAUGUAUUCGCAGCAAAGUCCAUGCUUGACAACGUGCCAGGAUUACACGAUUUUCAUCUGAUUCAACCUCAGAAUGUUGAACCUAUCGUGAAUGUAGUGCAAGUACCCGGGGUUAAGACACAUAUCCAGUCUAGUGCACAAACCAGUACGCCAGUGACGGCGCAUAUACAGAGGGUGGGCCAGCCUAGGAUAUCUGAGCAGAAACCAGAUAACUCCAGCACAUCUUCGCCAGUCACUGCUAUACCAAAGAAUCAAUCUUCGACACUUAUAAAUAUUCUUUCACAACAAGUAAUACGUCCAGCGAAUGCCGUGCCAAGUACUUCAGCAGUUACAGGAAGUAGCAAUGGGCAUGGUAGUACUACUAUGUCAAGCAAUGGGAACAAUAGUACGAGCAGUACUGGCAAUACCAGUACCACUACCACUACGGCUAGGCGACCUCCUUUUAUCAAUAUUUUAUCACAGCAAAUCAUCAGGCCCACUCAGGCCGCUAAAGGCGCACCAAACAAUGGUGCCUUUACUGUGACCGAAACCAUUUUGGCAAAACCACCCGUAACAGAGCCCGUCGGCGCAAAUGUUAACAACCUAACAAGACCUACAAUUACCACAACUACAGUUAUUCCAAAAACAACCAGCGUCUUAACCACGACCCAAGCCACCGGGUCAGGGAAUAUUCCAAGCAAUGUUCCCGAAAAUAGUUCUAAUCCCCAAGGGACUAUUGUGCAAUUUAUUUGUAAAUCCUCGUUGCCAAAGUUUCAACAAGCAUUUGGAAAAACAGUUUACCAGUGUACAAGUGAAACCUCAGAACCAAGUGAAAGCACCAACACUCAAACUGCAACAAUAUGUACUAUACCAGCCCCUACAGCACCUAGCACUGAAGUAAAGAAAAAUGUGGCCAACAUUGCUAAAGCAGUACCUGUGAAUGUACAGUCGAUUCAAGGCAAUGUUAUAUAUAGUAGACAAGUACCUGUAGGGCAAACGAUUAACCUAGUGCCUCCUUCAGGUGCUACCAGACAGGUUUUUCGGAUAGCAACCUCAAACCCAGAGCAACUAAAUUUGGUCAAAGACAGCGUGAUUCAUAGCAAAAUGAGCGCACUUCUAGCUGCAGCUUUACAAAAUCGACCUAAGAACACUGAAACUGAGAUACAAGUGCAGGAAGAUGGUACGAAAAUUACCUUGACGAGACCAGCUGUAGUUCAGAAUGCUAGGAUCGUCAAACCUGUACAACUUCAGCUGCCUACUAAUGUUGUUAGAGCUCCCCAACCUAAUUUGAGUUCGACUACUCUGGAGCAACUUAGGGAGUUUGAUAUGGUGUAUAAACAAAUCAAAGAACGAAGUAGCAAUACUACACCAACAGAAAUUACUAGUGAACAAACUCAAGAGGUGACACCUCAGAGGAUAAGCGUGACAUAUGUCAAUCAGUUGCCAAAGUAUACUCAGCUUAGCCCUGUAGUUGUGGUGAGCAGCUACAGUCAUCUUCAGCAAGCUGCAACGUCCCCAGCUCUGAGUGUGACGUCACAAAGUAGCCUGAGUCCAUCUACUACUCCUACGUCUACGCCUUCGUCAGCUGCGAAGAUAACUACGAAAACCAGUAAAGCUUUGAUUGUAGGUAAAACCUUCAAAAACCAUACCAACAACACCACAGCAAAAACGCCACCAAUAUCGAAACCACAACAAAAACCACAAGAAGAUGAACAUACUACUCAGAGGAUAUUUGACAUCCUGGCAGAAUACGCUGAACAACUUCGUAACUCUCCAGACCUGAACAACAAACCAGCUCCUAGACGCCGAUCUAACCCUCCAACUAACCCUAACCAAAAUUCAAAGCGGAAAAAGAGCUCAUCGACAAUCAAAAAGUCUACCACAACUAGCAAUGUAGAUAUAGACACGGAUGAUAUGACAGUAGGUAGCGAAGAUAGCUCGGGAGGUGGCAUAGUUCAACUGUCAGUAACAGAUGAUGAGCAAUCUCAGUCACAAGCUGCCACAACUAGUGUCGUGGAAACUGAGGCGACUACAGCUACGUGUCCAAGGCAAGUUAUACUGACAGAAGGGUCUUCUGUAAGCAGUCAGCCAAGGAAUGUCAUCAUUGCAGAUUCAACUGUUGGAGAGGCGUUGAAAAUGUCAAAUACGGCUGUCAUUGUGCCCGGGAGUUAUAUCAUGCCUGUUUCGAUGGUGAAAGGUGGACAACAAAUAGCUGUGAUGUCAGGAGGCAGCAAGAUCCUAGCAACAGUUCCAGCCCGAUCUGGUCAGAACAUGCUACUUUUUCAAAGCUUCACAAACCAAAAUCGCAAGGGUGCAAUAUCAGCAGUGAAAUACUCUUCUAUCCAGUCGGUGUCCGGCAUUUCAUCGCAAAGUAUCGCAGGUGUUAGCGCUCAACCACCCGUAAUCCUUCCAUCAAAUUCAGUGGCGACAGCUGUCGCUAUUGGCCAACAAUUGUCCUUGAAAAAAAUUGGACAAGAACGAGAAGGCGAAGUAUUACUGACCAUUUCUAAAAAAGACGAUGCUCAACCUGACAGUGUCACGAGCGUGUCCAGUGAUAGUGAAGAUGUGAAGAUUCCUGAGCAGACAAGUGUGAAGGUUGAUCACCCUGUAGAGAAGAUUAUUCAUACGUAUCAAAAGCCCAUAUCAACUAACAAAUCAGUUAUUGCUACAAGUUCUCAAAAGGUCGACCAAGGAUCAUGCCCUCAACCGACAGUCAUUAAUACCGCAAAAGUAUCAACCACGCUGAACGGCCCAAUGUUGUCUCACAUAACUACAAAUCGGUUUCGAAAAAUCACUGACAAUGAAAGAAUCGUAAAUCGUGGUUCAGAAGUCAAAGAGGAGUCGACCCAUAAUGGUGCAAAGGUGACUAACCCAGAGCCAAAGACUUACCGCAGCAGUGCUAUCUACAGUAAAGUAAAAAAAGUCACCAUUGAGUCUCAGAAACCAGAAAGUGACGCCCAAAAGCAAGCCAUGUUGGAGAGAGAAUUACGACUUCAAAAAUCGCUUUCAGAAGAAUGCGAAGAUUUGGGCGUAGACGAGCCCAGUACCAGUGAUCUCUUUCCAGAAGCCGAUUUACUUUUUGACUCUAACCACUCUCCUUCUUUUGACCAAAAUUCGCAAGAGGGAGUCAAGAAAACACCUCAUGGGACUGAAAAGGAAGAAGGGACGAAAUCUUCUAUAAAUUUGUUCAGUGACGAUGAUAAUUCUAGUUCAUUAAAGUCAGAUUUAUUCGAAUAUGUGGAAUAUCAUGCUGUGGAGAAUGCUCUAGACCACCAAGCUAAGCAAUUAAUGAAUGGCAACAAUCCAGAGACCGAAACGUCAAGUUGUGAAGAUAAUACAUUGUUGCCGAAAUGCAGCAAUAUGUCGGAAGUGACGUUAAAUUCGCCGAUAUCUCCCGAAGUGUACGCGGAAAGCAGUGUCAACAAAUAUAAGUUCAAGUAUACAAACAGGAAGAAAAGCGAGAAGAUAAAGCAGAGCGAUUCGAGAGGCGAAACUAUCACGAAUUCGGAAGAGGCUGUUAGCGGUGCCGAUUCAUGCAAGUUGAGCAGUGAAGAAGAACAUUAUAAGGUAGUGCAUGUGGCGAUAACUAAAUCGGACAUAACGAAAGAAGAAAGUAGAUGUGAGCUACACGUUUGCGAAGAAUUUGUAGACUCCCCAAGUGGUCGAGGUGCAAGAAGAAGCGUUAGGAAAUUAUGUUCUUGUUGUAACGGAUCCCAAGAUGGGCAUCUGGGUGCCAAGAAACGACCAAAUUCUUCCAGCAGACCGCAAACACCAGCAACGCCUCACAAAAAACCUUUUCUCAAAAAAGAUAGUGCAUCUUUCCUUUUUAGCGUAUGUUCAUCUUCGACUAUUGAAUCACUAGAUUAGUUGGCUACGUACGCACACGUUCUUUUGCGCACCAUAAGGUAGUUUGUGAUAGAGGUUGUCGCUAAAAUAGGAAGAGAGAUUAGGCAUUCUUUUUUCCGGAGUGACGCCGAAUAUGAAAUUUUAUUGAGAGCCACGCCGUAUCAGAAGUCAGUAUUACUAGAUGAUAGGGUAUUAAGGUCCUCUCCGUACUUAUUUUGGAAUGGGACAAGUGACAAGCUGAAAUUCUGAGUGAUGCAGUUGAUUAAGAAAUACUAUAUUUGGGUGGGCGGCACCUCGAAACAUUUUUUAAAUGGAAUGGGAGAUCAUGCGAUGCAUCAUUUUGAUGUUCGUUUGCUCUUUAGAGUAUCUUAUAACCCUAGAAUAUGAAAGUACGCUUGAAAGGCUGUGCGAGUCGAGUGUCUGGUACAUUGAUCCUCUUAUAAUUCGACAUUUAAUCAAAACGUUCAAGUAUGUUAUACCCUUCCAUCGUAUGGCGUCCCAGAAAAGCUUUGCAGAUGGGUGGCUGAGAUAUCCGUCGUAAUUGACAGGUUCUCCUAUUUAUCCCACCUUAGGCAGUUAUAAGAUCGGAUUAACAAAAUUUCUUUGGUAUCCUCAUAGCAACCCGGCAUUUACGCAGAAGCCUGCGGGGCUGCUUCCUGAUAAAAAAAGUUAUAAGUGAGUCAAUGUACUUUGACAGCCUACUGGUACACCAUUCUGAAAGUUGGUGAUUUUAUAUUCUUGGGUUAUAAAGUAUUCAGAAGUUGCAUGCAUCGCUUGGCCUCACUUGUAAUUUUGAAAAAUGUUCCAAAUUUCUUUGGUAUCCUCAUAGCAACCCGGCAUUUACGCAGAAGCCUGCGGGGAUGCUUCCUGAUAAAAAAAGUUAUAAGUGAGUCAAUGUACUUUGACAGCCUACUGGUACACCAUUCUGAAAGUUGGUGAUUUUAUAUUCUUGGGUUAUAAAGUAUUCAGAAGUUGCAUGCAUCGCUUGGCCUCACUUGUAAUUUUAAAAAAUGUUCCAAGAUAGCGUCGAUCCGCCAUCUUGAAAUUUCAAUUUCAACGCCCCGAAUUGUAGCUUGCCAAUUUAUGCCAUUUUAAAAAUGAAUAGGUGGACCUUUUUUGAUGUAUAUUCGUUUUAUUCUCUCCAGUACUCGUGAGGGGGAUCAAUGGAGUUCGGAUCAUAUAAAUCCCAUACUUGUUCAACUUGGCAGGUAUGCUCGACCUCCACCUGAAAAACUUCGCCACCAAGAACUUGCGUAUCGGUAUACUUUUCUGUUUACAUCUUCACUAGCAAGGAUGGAUUCACAAAAUCCGUUGGAUGACACGCUUUGGCGUCAUUUGUUUCCAAACACAUGGAUUUUCUCACGUUCCAACACUCACGAUUUUCCGCGCUAAAGAACGUGUAUGGCCAGUUAAUAAGUUGUUUACUCAUUUUGGGCUUGGUGAUUAUUUUGUUUUUUGGUAACGAGUCAAAGUGGGCAAGAUGUAGGAAAUAGGAUAUCUGCGGACGCUUAGUCAUUGUUGCUAAUACUACGUUUUAUUCAUUCGCAUCGUUUCGGAAAAAUUUUAUUCAUAUUGGGUGAUAUAUUGGGAAAAUUACGUAGUUUCCUGAAUUUUAAAGCAUCGUCGUAUGCGUGAUUAUUUCUUAUAUAAAAAAUAAUUUCCAAACUGCAGCAAGCCUGUAUUUAUUUUACCUCGUAGUUGUUUGAUACUCGAAGAUAUUAUUAAUCCUAUUUGUUGGUGUGUUUGUUAAGGAAUUGGUUGUUGCUGGUGACUUUAGUACAAAUAAUUGUAUUAACAACCAGACAACUAGUGAAUUUUUAGUAUCUCAAUGGACUAUUGAACAAAAUCAAAGAACUAUUUUGUCGUGUAUCGUAAGUUGAUCUAACACUGCUUGACAAAGUUGAUCAACGUUUUUUUGAUGUUUCUUUUAUUUUAAAGUACAUUCCUAAUAUUGUACCAAUGUUUGUUAACUUAUUUAACUGUAUUUUAAUGAGAUGUUUUGUAAACGCAAAUUUGAAUUAGUUUGUUUCAUAUAGGCGUUGCGAAUUAUUUUUGGUUUUUAAUAAAAAAAAAACGUUCUUUAAUUUUGUUACUCGGUGCAUAUAGACUUGAGGAAAUCGUACUUUCUAAUUUGAUUACUCGUGAAGUAAUACAGAGUUUGAAUCAUCGAUAUAUGGCUUUUCUUAACAGCCAGACAACUAGUGAAUUUUCAGUAUUUCAAUGGACUAUUGAACAAAAUCAACGGACUAUUUUGUCCUGUGUGGUAAGGUGAUUUAACACUGAAUGACAAAAUUGAUUAACGUUUUUUGCAUGUUUUUUUAUUUUAAAGUACAUUCCUAAUAUUGUACCAAUGAUUGUUAACUUAUUAUUUUAUUGGGAUUUCACGUAAACGCAAAUUUAAAUUUGCAAAUAAUGAUCUUUUAGUUUGUUCUUAUAGGCCUUGCGAAUUAUUUGUGUUUCUUUGGAGAAAAAACGAUCUUUAAUUUUGUUACUCAGUGCAGCAUAUAGAGUUGUAGACUUGAGGAAAUCGUCCUUUCUAAUUUGUUUCGAGUGUUGUAUAGAUAUUGCCGCGUUUGCAAUCUUAGUACCUUUGAUUAUCUGUCUGUAAAAUAUUUAAAUUAUAUACUAUGUGCAGAUUGUCAUUGUACAUAUUAAUAUAUAAAUAGUUAAUCUUACUCUAACGAGCAGUUUCAGUCUGCCCAGAAAGCAUGUUCUGCUGUUUUAUGCAAUAUACUUAUUUAAGUUGAUUCAAAAUUGUAAGGAUGAAAAUUUCUUAUUUUUUUUUGAAUCAUAUCCAGUAACUGGAUAAGAAAUUUGUUACAAACUGAUUUUUGUAUUCGGUUUUGUUUUGUUUUUUAUUCGUGAAGUAAUACAGAGUUUGA